GAGAACAUUCAACAUUUCUCAACUUAGUGCAACCCACCAGGCUUUGCACUUUUUUUGCACAAACUCGCCAUUGCAAAAAGUUUCAGGCUCAGCCCAUGGAUUUGAACUGGGCUGCCUGCCUCAGUAGCCUGCUACUGCUUUCCGUUGUGUAGUUUAUGUUUAUUUACACCUUUGUCCUUUUCUUUUCACCAUGACAUUCCUGGGUUGUCUCAGCCUUUCCCUCCAAGCAUUCCUGGGAGAGAAAAAUUCAAAAUAAAUCAGUUAACAAUGGAGAUAGGGAGCAACGACGGCUCGAAAUUUCUGCUGAAAAAUGGUUCUGAAACUGUGUUUGGAAGAGGGUUGGGGUUUCCUUCAGACGAUCGAACCGUUUCCCAUCGUCAUGUGUCAUUCGAACUCCACAAAGAUGGCAGCCACGGAGACCCUUGUUCGGGAACUAAAGUUUAUUUUGAAGUUCUUGGGAAAAACCCCAUUUGGGUGCGUGACGGUAGAAGUGGAGAAAUUAGGGUUUUCAGGAGGUUUGAAAGAGGUGAAAUGGUGAGUGGUGAUGGGUUCUGUGUCUCGGCAGAGAGACCUGUUUGGUUCACCCUGAAGAGGAAAGAGGAUCAAAGUGAAGAUGGGGGGGAGAGCGGUGGGAAACUCUUCGAGAAUCGGGAUGGAUUUGCUGAAAGGUUACUUAAAGGGGGCGAAGAUUUUGGGUUUGACUCUCUUGAUGUUUCAGAAAUUAACCCUGUAAAAGAGUUUGGUUUUCUUGUAAUGGGACAUGAGUUCGAUCACUAUCCCAAAAAAAUGAUCCGUGAUAUCAAGAAUUGGAAUUGGUUCCUUGAGGAACCUAGGAAAGAUAGUGAUGACAAUGAAGUUCGUGGGCAUAAAAGGAAGAGAAUUGCUAAGAGAAAGAGCAAGAUAGACGAAGGCAGUGAUGAUGAUGAAGACUGGACAGGUGAAAGUGAAGAUGAUAAAGAGCUAAUUACAAAAUUGAAGCAGUUCCCAAGACCCCAAUAUUCUUCUACGAGGUCAAAGGAUCAUAAUAAGUCCCUCAAGGGCACUAGUAGAAGUUCUACAAGGAAAAAGACUAUCCGUGCAGGGGAAGAAGACAAUGACAAUGAAGAUGAUGAGACGCUAGGAGGCUUCAUUGUUGAUGAUGAUGAUGUGGAACAAGAAGAAGAAAGCUAUGGAAAUGAAGAGGAGAAAGAAGAAGAUUUUGAUGAAGAUGAUGAAGAUGAAGAAUAGAUGAUUGAUGACUAUUGGAAGGAAUGGCCAGUAACAUCAGCAUGAAACCUGAUAUAGUUGCUGUCAGUAACCAGUGAUGAACUGUUUAUAUGUCCUAACAUAAUGUAGUCUUUUUGUGUACUGAAAUUGUGUACCAUAUGUUGUCUUUAUAUGAACUUCCUCGAUUGGUUUUAAAUGUUUCUGUUUCUUUUCUUGUGUAUUCAGCAGUGCACUAGUGUUGUCAUUUUGAGUUACACAAGUUGUUGAAUGUUGUACCAUAUCUUUUCUCUAAUUUUGAAUGAAAUAUUUAUCUUUUUGUUCA